AUGCCUUUUGGAGGGUGCUUCGUUUAUUUCAAUUGUAACAACCUUGCGUCGUCUUUUAUGGUACUCGAGGUUACAUUUGAAGGAAUACGGGGCAGUGAUUACCAGGGUGACAUCGCAAUAGACGACUUUUUGUUGGAACCAGGGUCUUGUCCUUCAAAGUUGCCACUAGCCUUUACUGACAAUACGGAUCGACUAGUUGGCUGCGAUGCAAUAGUCGAAGAUUUCCUUGACAAACAUCCCUUUGCUAACACUGAUGCCAAGCCACGAGUAGUGACAAUAAAGGAAUCACCUUUCGCUGCCUCUUUGUUGUCUGAAGAAGCCAUGACCAAAAUUCGUUACCUAGAGUCCGAGAUUCAAGAAGACAUCGGGAAGAGAGGUAUUGCGAAUCUUCACAUUCCUGACGAACUUCUGAAGGCGGCACUUGUGUUGUCUCACGGGUCAUCCGUGGGUAUACAUUUCGGUUUCCCUUGUAAUACCAAUGAAGAGUUCCCGGAUGAAACCGAUGGACCUCUCGGGGCAAUCGUGUUGGGCAAAGCCCUAAAAGCUCUUGGAAAGGAAGUGACGUUUAUUGCAAGUUACUACCACGUGGAAUUUGUGCAGGAACUUGUGCGAACCUUCUUGGAGAAUAACGUGUCUGUUGUAGAGUUCACGCCAGAGCGGACGCAUGGCUCAGGUGGGGUUAAAACUGCUGCUAACAAACUUUUAUUCAACGAUGCAGCUCAUCAAAUGAGUCCCAAGUUUGACGUUGUGGUUGCCAUAGAGGCGGUUAGCAGGUCUGAUGACGGACGUUACAUGACCAUGAAAGCGAGGGAUUUAUCGCAUAUUUGUAAAGUCAGUCCAGUUGAUGAAGUUUUCAUUCAAGGUACCUGUAGACAUUUUGGAUGUUGUAUGAACUUUGUAAAACGCGGUGACUGACUGUGUUCCCUGAGGUCUGGCCGUGGCCAUUAGGGACCUACGAGAAUGACAUCUCUAAACCUUCUGCGCGUGCGCAACAUCAUGCCGUUGCCACAAUCUGUAGUUUCAUAGGUCAGAGACAAGAAAGAGCGAAGGCUCUGAGAACAAGACUGAUUUGAAAUGGGAAGAUGCUACUCAUAUUUAUAAGUUCCCAGUCCUUUUAUCGUGUUCUUCGGAAAGACACGCUUAAUAGUGCCUCGCUUAAUUCAGGGCAAUGUCCCGUGGGGGUGAUUGGAAAUACAGUAGAACCUCAAUUAU